UAGUAGUUGAGAAUUGCAGCCAAAGAGAAGAAAAGAAGAGAGAAAGAGAAACGAAAGGAUGCCGUGUUUGAACAUUUCCGUCAACGUCAGCCUCGAAGGUGUCGACACCUCCUCCAUCCUCUCUGAAGCCACAUCCACCGUCGCCAAGCUCAUCGGCAAACCUGAGGCUUAUGUCAUGAUUGUGCUGAAGGGAUCAGUUCCCAUAUCUUUUGGAGGGACUGAGCAGCCAGCUGCUUAUGGUGAGUUGGUCUCCAUUGGUGGCCUGAGCCCUGAUGUGAACAAGAAGUUGAGUGCUGCAAUUUCCUCAAUCCUUGAGGCCAAGCUGUCUGUGCCCAAGUCACGAUUCUUUCUGAAGUUCUAUGAUACCAAGGGCUCCAACUUUGGAUGGAAUGGAUCAACCUUUUAGAAGAUGUGCUUAGGAUGUCCUAAAUGCAAAAAUCAGCAAACUCUAUUGCCAAUUGUGAUUUGGUAUCAUACAAUACUGGCAAGAACGUUGUUAUUUUAUUUGUGUGCUCAGUUAGAACCUAUUGGAAACAUUUAAAUGCAUGUCUGCCAGCGUUGGCACAACUUCUUGUUCACUUAAGAUGAUGAAUAGAUUUCAACAGUCAUUUCUCAC